GGCCGAAGCUCACAUGGAGAAAUGGCGACAGAUGCAAAAAGGCCAAAGAUAGAUGAUGAGAAAUGUGUGCUGGACCCCUUGAAAAACUUCUUGCUGUGGUGCGAUAGUGUAAAGCUGACUCUCAGCGAUAAGGUGUACUUAAGUAAAGAGGGUACAGCAGCAGACUAUGGCAUGCUUGCCAAAGAGGACAUUGAAGAGGGCCACGUCUUGUUCUCCAUACCCAGAGAGGUUCUUCUGCAUCAGGGCACCACUAAAGUAAAAAAGGUCCUUGAGGAAGGGAAGGAAUCUUUGGAGAGCGCAUCAGGCUGGGUUCCUCUUCUUCUGGGUCUCCUAUAUGAGUACUCAUGUCCACAAUCCCACUGGAAACCAUAUUUGUCUCUCUGGCCAGAUUUUAGGACACUGGAUCAACCCAUGUUCUGGUCCGAGGAGGAGCGUGAUAAACUCCUGAAAGGCACAGGAAUUCCAGAGGCUGUCAAAACGGAUCUGAAAAAACUCCAGGAUGAGUACAAUAACAUAGUCCUUCCUUUCAUGAAGUCCCAUCCUGACCUGUGGGACCCUGAGAAGCACACGCUGGAGCUCUACAAGAGCCUGGUAGCAUUUGUAAUGGCCUAUAGUUUUCAAGAGCCUGCAGAGGAUGAGGAUGAGGAUGAGGAUGAAGAAGAAGAAAAAGAGCCUAACCCUCCAAUGAUGGUGCCCAUGGCUGACAUGCUGAAUCACGUUUCCAAGCACAACGCCAAUCUGGAAUAUACACCCGAGUGUUUGAAGAUGGUGUCCGUACAGCACAUUGAAAAGGGCGCGGAGGUCUUUAACACCUACGGACAGAUGGCAAACUGGCAGCUCCUCCACAUGUACGGCUUUGCAGAGCCCUUUCCUACUAACAGCAAUGAUACUGCAGAUAUACAGAUGUCCAGUGUGUACAAAGCAGCAGUGCAAGUGGCACAAAGUGAAGCAGAUCAAAGGCUCCUAGUGGACAAAUGGAACAUGUUGUGUGAAAUGGAGAUAGUUGGGGACAAAGGGGUUUUCAUCUUCGGCCAGUCAGGCUCACUUACUUACAGUGAGCUCUACACUACACUGAAGGUCCUGUGCAUGCCGGUGCAAGAUUUCAAGGAGUUCCGUGAAAACGAAGGCUGGGAGGAAGAUGAAGAGGAUGAGGAUGAUAAAAUGGAGCAGGCUCUGAGUUUCGACGGACUAAUGGGGUUGUCAGCAGAGUGGAAAUGUCUCCUGCAUGCAGCAGCUGCUCUGACGCUGGACUCUUAUUCGGAAGAUGUAGAGAUGGACAGGAAGCGGCCAGAGGACCAGGGAGCUCUGGCUGAACUCGGCAGCAGAGAGAGGAGAGCUCUGCAUGUGCGUUACGGUCAGAAGAGCAUCCUACAGCGCUUGCAACAGCUCACCAAACCUACGUCUUAAUGCAUGGGUUUCACAAACAUGCCAUAUGUGGUGCUGACACUGCAUUCUGUAGUUUGAAGAUUGAAAAAUCCUCAGCUGAUAGUGUAAUUGAAUUUGCAAACUGUGUAUAGUUUGUGAGUUUUACAUUUUGUAUGCUGUACAUUUUCCUUUCAAAAAAAUCUUUUGGAAUACGGUUCAGAUUGUGUGCUGUUGUGGAAUGUAAAGGUGGUUUAUUUAACCCGUUUUUUUUACCUUGAAAUAGCAGUUUAAAAAUCAUUCUGUUUGUACACUGACUUAUAAAAGGCUUGCGUUUCUUUCCCACGUCUGUUCUGGGAGCAAGUUAGUUUGGUGAGCGGGUACGAAAUCCCACAAAAAGUCUGUUUUGCUUUAUGGCAGCAACAAAUGCACGUAUACAUCUAGCCACUGUAAUUACAACAUUGAUAUUUACGACAGUGAAUUCCACUUGUUUAACUGUAGAGGCAACUUAGUUGUUUUAAUGUCACUGUCAAGUCAUACCACAGAGGAUUUUAAGUCUGAUUUUCAUGUUAGUGAAAGAUUUGCUUCCACACAAAUGUUUGUCAAGACAAAGAAUAAAUUACACACCUAAUUUGCACUCUUUUCAGUAUGUGCUCAAAAAGCUUCCCAAUUUUUGUCAGUACAUUGAAAACAAAAUCCAGCUAAUCAAUUUUAAUUACUUGCAAGUCAAAAUUAUGCUUUAUGAGCUUUCCAAGAGGACUGGAACAGUGCUCGACUCAAACUCAAAUCUGUUUAGUGUGUGAAAAAAAAAAAAAAAGAAUCUGCAAACAGUUCAUAUGAAAUUCAUAUCUUGCGUCUCCAUCUGAAUGGUCAGUGACACACACAAAGACGUUUCGUCACCUGAAUGCUAAA